AUGAAACAUACAUUCCCUUCCCUAUCACACAUCGCUCUCUCCCUUCUCUCCAUCUCCAUUUCCCUCCCUUUAACUCACGCUGGCGCUCCUCCCAAGAUUCCAGGCUUCACUCUAACAUGGUCAGACUCCUUUUCCGGCUCCGCAGGUUCCCUCACCUCUUCCUCAAAAUGGGAAUACGAAACCCCCGCCACAAACCAAAACAAUGAAAUCCAACACUACACAUCAUCCCCACAGAAUGCUAACCUCUCCGGUUCCUCCACCCUCUACAUCACCCCUCUCUAUUCCUCCGGAAAAUGGACUUCGGCGCGCAUAAGCACCUUACAAAGUUGGGGGUGCGCCAACGGCGCCGAAAUGAUCGUUUCCGCCAGCAUCAAAAUGGGCAGUAGCGAUCCCACGCAUCAACAAGGUAUCUGGCCCGCCUUCUGGACUCUCGGCGAAAGCUUCCGAAGCGACAACAUGUGGCCCGAGUGCGGCGAAUGGGAUAUCAUGGAGCAGGUCAACGGGGCAUCUGCAAACGUGGGCACGAUUCACUACGGCACGGCGUCGUAUCCGCUCGCGAUCGGAUCGCCCAAUGCGUGGUUCGAUCGCUCCGAGUGGCACACGUACGGCAUCCGCAUCUCGCGGGUGGGCGACUGGCAGUCGCAGAGUAUCACGUGGGAGUUGGAUGGGAAUGCGUAUUUUACGGUGACGGGGGGGAUGGUGGGAGAUUACAAGAGUUGGGGGAAGUUGGUGGGGGAAAGUUAUUUUGUUAUUCUGAAUGUGGCGGUGGGCGGGUUGUAUCCGGGUAUGCCGAAUGCGUUGACGAAGGGGGGGGUGGGGAGUGGAAUGGAGGUGGGGUAUGUGGCGGUUUAUAAUGGGGCUGGGGCGGGGAGUGGUUGGUGA